AUGCCUAAAAUAUUAAGAAAAAUAGGAAUAUUGAAACCUAAAAUUGUCUAUCUAAAUGCAGAAAAGAAUUAUACUAUAGGUGAUACAGAAUCAGAAAAGUUUAACUUUGAAGCAGAGACAGCUAAAAUUGAUGUAAUAUUAGCUGAAAUUUAG